AUGGCGGGUUCAGAUUUUCGAUCCACUGAUAAGGCGUGGUACACCGUGAAAAAACUGGAACUAGACGAGGAUAAGCACACGCUUACUGUCAGAUUCGUAGGCUUUAGUGAUACAGAAGUAUUCAGUGUGAAAACUUUCAAGACGGCUGGUGAAUUAGAUUGGUUUUCAAAGAGGUUUCGUCCGGCAUGUCUCCAGUUACAGGACGAGGAGUGUAAACGUGUGAAACCUGGAUUGGAGGUAUGCACGCUACUUAAAAUAGGCAAAACUCAAAAGUUUUACAAUGGUGUUCUCAAAUCUGUACACCCUAAACCUCACAAACAUGUAAAAGGAGAAGACACUUGUUUUUGUAUAUUUGAGGUCGUAUGGUCAGAAGGUCCAAGGCAAUCUCGUGCUGAUAAGAUGGGAAUCGAAGCAGUGUGCAAACGUCAACAAGGAUCUGCAUUGUUUGAUCACUCCCUCAGAAGUUUCUUGGAGAUGUCACAAGCGCAUCUUGAGUCGUAAAUGAUAACAGUGCUAGUCA